GCCAAGCAUCCUGCUGUGUCGCCGAAAGUGAAACAGACUUUACUUGUCAAUAACUACAUACACAAGGAAAUCGGUGCAUUCGGUCAACAUAACCACGUGCGUUUUAAAGGGAAAACAGAAAGUAAAAUGGGUAGGUUCUUUUGAGAAGUUCAACUUCUGGUGUUAUCAUCGAAUUUUAGAUUUUUUUUCUCGGUUCAACGAUCGCGAGAGAUUUUUUUUGUCCAUGGGAUUAUUGUUAUUUUAUUCAACAAAGGAGACUAGAGAAUAAUUCUGGAAUAUUACAAAGGAUACAGCUCUCAAUGUAGCAGAAACCAAGCGGAUUAAAAAUUAAUUGGGAGUAAGGACUUUUGGACGGCUGCUGUAACCGGUAUGCCUGAGCUAUCAUUAUGGUGUAUGAACACACGGUGUGUGAUGGAAUAGAUCUAAACUUUAUCAUCAAUGACAGCGACGAGGAAAACGAAGAGGAAUGGCUGAGGUCAUCGCCAAUAAAAUACUUCACCAAUGAGUUGUCACUUAGAGGUCGUCUUAAAAGAUUGUUAAUCCGAAAACCAGCUACAAGGAUACGUUUGAGAAUAUUCGAUCUAAUAUGCAAGUUGCUGUUAUGUAUUUUGUACAUUGUGCGAGUGUCCCUGGACAAACCUGUAAACUAUCAAUGCAAUGGACACCAAUGUGGUUCUGGGAACGAGACACACACUCUUCCCCAGGAUGAUGGAAGUAUGAAAUUUUCCUCUACAGCCAUCAACUGGUAUGUGAUCUUAUGGGUGGAGCGUCCCUUGGUUCUAUGGCUAUUCCAGAGCGUCUUAUCCAUUAUAACUCUCACCAAGGCCUGUCUGGACAUAUUUAUUGUAUCCAAGGGAACCUUCAUAGAAAAAGCAACACAAGAUGGCUUUAUCCUGGAGCUAGUUUGUUCCAUCCCUCUCCUAGUCACUUUAUUUCACCCCCUGUUUCUGAUGAACCUCUACGUGCCAAGCUUUCUCAAUGUGUGGCUGGUAAAGAAAUCCCUGGAGAAGCUGUUUAAUGACUUACACUUGACGAAGCAGAGAUUUCAGACAAUCUCUGUGACAUUAUCACAACAGUUGUUCCUGCUGGUUGUUUCUAUGGGUUGUCUUGUAUUUACAACGAUUUGCGGUAUACAGCACAUACAGCGUAGCAGUGCUACACAUCCCCUGACAUUAUUUGAGUCAUUUUACUUUGUGAUUGUAACAUUCUCCACUGUGGGAUAUGGAGACAUCUCACCUGACAACUGGCUAGGACAACUCUUCAUGCUCACCAUGAUCUGCCUGGCUUUUGCUUUCAUCCCUAGGCAGGUAGAGGGAAUCCAUUCCACGUGGAAGGAGCGUAAGAAGACGGGGGGAGAGUACAGUUCUCGGCAUGCCUCGGGACACCGACACGUCGUGGUCUGUACCAGCCAUCUCAGUGCCGAGUACACCAUGGACUUCCUCAUCGAGUUCUACGCUAACAGGAAGUUAGAGGAUCACAUAGUGGUGCUUCUAAGCUCAGAUGAGAAGGAUACCAGUUUACAAAUCAUUCUGAAGGACCCUAAAUGGGCCCACCGUGUCAUCUACAUGAAGGGGUCUGCUCUAAAGGACUCUGAUCUGCAGAGAUGCAGAUUACAGGAGGCAGAUGCUUGCUUCAUUCUGGCCCCGAGUAAAUGUCACAACAGAGACGAAGCGGACCAGCACACUAUUUUAAGAUCCUGGGCUGUCAAAGACUUUGCACCACAAUGUAGACAGUACAUUCAACUCUUCAAGACUGAGCACAAAUUACAUGUCAAGUUUGCUGAGCAUGUGGUUUGUGAGGAUGAGUUCAAGUAUGCUCUGUUAGCCAACAACUGUUUAUAUCCAGGACUGUCUACACUGGUCACCCUUCUACUUCAUACAACAAACAGAGAGUUGGGACAGGUGGGAGUACAGAGCUGGCAGCAUGUCUACGGCAGACACUCCGGGAAUGAGGUCUACCACAUACAGCUCAGUAAAAGCGUCUUCUUCCAGAAGUAUGAGGGACAGAGUUUUACAAAUGCUUCAGCCGAUGCUCAUAAAAGAUUUGGAGUGUGUUUGAUUGGUGUUCUUGAUAUCACAAAUGACGAGCCUCGUCUUCAGUUGAACCCAGGAUCCUCUCACAAGCUAAAGUUAUCUGAUUACUGCUUCUACAUAGGGGAAUUCAAGGAAGAAUUCUCCAAAAUUAAGUCUGAGAAUAUUCUGGAGAAGAAUCCAAGUGAGAAAGCCCCAACUAGCAACAAAAAGAGUUUAGAACAAGUUUCAGAAGUCUUAGAAAAAUGGAUCAAACAAGAACUAGAGGCUGACAAUUAUGGAGAGGAGAGUGUGUUUAAUUCCACCAUUACAAAUGAGUGGGGACAGGAAAUCGCACGUCGAAUUCGCAGGAAGAGUAGCGGGGAGCUUCGUAAAACGGACACAUUUGAGGAAGAAAACUCUUCAGUGAUAGAGGCAGAGGUUAACGCUAAUGUAGGGAAGGACAAGAAAGGCCCGCGAGUUCUACAGGUCCACAAAGAUAUGGGCCAGGAACAAAUGAUAACUGGGCCGCCUCCUGUUACUCUUUAUUCUGGAAACAGAAGAACACUGUGUCACCUGAUGGGCACCCCUAGACCAAAGUGUUGUCUCAAAUGGGGGGAGGACUGUGAACAUUGUACCUACAAGAAUGCUAACGAUGACCGCUGGAAGGGACAGCUGAUUAUACUGGCUGUGGAACACGCCUGCUCAGGGAUCCAUAACUUUAUAGUACCAUUGAGAUCCCACUUCAUUAGCAGAAACUCUUUAAGUCCAAUUAUACUGCUCAUGGAAGACAGUCCAGAUGAUAUGUUCCUUAGUUCUAUUGGACACUUUCCUAUGGUAUAUUGGAUGAAAGGAACAAUUACUUGUAUUGAUGAUCUGCUCCUGGCUGGAAUUAACAAAGUCAGCCAUUUAGUGGUGGUCAAUCACGACGCGAUGAGGGAGAAUAUGGAGGAAACCAUGGUGGACUCAGAGACCAUUGUAGCUGUACAGACCAUCGUCAAAUUAUUUCCCAACAUUAACAUCAUUACAGAGCUGAGCCAGGCCACCAGUAUAAGAUUCAUGCAGUUCCAUGCCCACAGCACACACUAUGCAAAACAGGACUCCAAACUACAAAAGGUGGUGGGUGGCAGGAUGAGUUCCGCACUUUCCCACAUUUUUCGUCAGCCUUUUGCUGCAGGACAGGUGUUUAGUGCCAGUAUGCUAAACAGUCUCCUCUAUCAGACUUUUGUAAAAGGCUACUUGAUCACACUAGUCAGGUUGUUGUUGGGUAUUGAUGCUGAGGAAAACUCGGGUCAUCUCUCAAGUGUCAGGGUGCAGCGUAUGACUUAUGCCAGGUAUAGCACAUAUGGAGAUCUCUAUCAUGCCAUGGCAACCACCACAGGGGAAAUCCCUAUUGCUAUUUACAGAACAGAAGAAAACUCAGAAGCUACAACAAAUGUUCCAAAUCAGUCAGAUAGUAAGAAUAAUAACCACCACCUUCAGGCAGAUGACAGGAAGUUCUCAACCAAAAUGAGUGGAGGGGGCUUAUUCUCCAAACCAUCCAAUAGAAAAUCAGAGAAAGAGACCGCGGAUCUGGCCGCUCUAAUCAAGAAUCGACUCCGAGAUCUCGGCAUGAAAUCGACAGAUUAUGAUAAAACAGAGGAGUUAGGAGUGGAUGUAAAUACAUCAGCCAACACCAUAUCCUACGUCAUCCUAAACCCCACCCCGAUGAGAAAACUUAGAUUGGGAGACAUUGUGUAUGUCAUACAACCAAGCAGCAUGGCAGCCAUUCCUAGCAGUAAAAUGAGAUGGAACUUGGUGCGAAGUGCAUUUUCAGGCAAAUCUUCAGUGUCAAGGUCACUCAGUAAUCCGUCAUCCUCUAGCAUAUCACCGACAAGCAAAAGUAAUGGAGAUCUUCUCAAAAGAACAUCCAGCGGAUCAGGGGAACUGUAUGCCAAAGAAUCUGAAAGCGUUUUUGUGUUUCCUCUAAGGAAGCUGAGUAACUCGGCCAAAAAUAGCUCCAAGCUGGACCCGGAGAAGCAGGAUUUGUUACUGCCAGAGGCUCGUAUUCCUGAGCCAGGGAUACUGGAGAGGAAGGUCUCACGAUUCACAGUACAUAGUGCUACCGACACUUGACUUUGUAUAGGCUAGCAAUACUCAUAUCAAAUUUAAUAUUUUGUGCAUUGUUAGUUGACAUAAAGCAUGAUACGCCCUAUUUGUAUUUUUUUAUUUGGCAAGAUAUUUUUAUAUCUUUACAACUAUAUGUAAAGAAGGGGGAACUGAUUUAAAUAAUAGGGCAUCUGCAUUUUAUGUUUUUUAAAUGUGAGUGAAUAUUGUAUGUUUAUUUUUGCAUGCUACAUGUAGUACAAGAUUCAGUGAUGUAGUUGACUUUCCUCCACAUGAUGAGGCUGUGUUAAACCAUUUUAUUUUUUCUCCAUAUUAACAAUAUAUUGACUUAUUCAGAAUUGUUUGUAUCCACAUUUACAUUCUCCACAGUUGACUCAGUGUCAUACCAUACUGUUACUGUUGUACGUCUUACAGACAUCGUAGUUAAUCAUGGCUGAUUGUGGCAGAUCUGUAUAUUUUUGUACCUUCAAACUUUAGUAUAAUGGCACCAUCCCUUUACUUCAGAAGUAAUCAAUAACCACUGUGUAAAACCAACUCAUAAUCAUCGAAUGAUUGAGUUUUGUUGCUGUAAUGACUCAGGUUAAAUUCACUCUGUAAUGUGCCAAACAUUCACUGUAUUUGAGAUUAUUUCUUUUGUCUGUAUCAAAGGAUAUUUGAUGCAUACUUAGAGAUCAUUUCUCUUUCAUGCCAUUGAAUGAUUGUCUCACUCAUGUUUAAGGAUCAUCAUACUUAAAUGUAUUAAAGUUUAUUACAAUGUACUGUAUAAACAGAGAAAAAAGAUCUACAUAUACUACAUGUCAAAUUUAUACAGUGUACAUGAUUGUAAUUUCUCCUGCCUUCCAAGUGUAUGUCUUCCAACAGGAGAAAUGUUAAAUGAGAAUUUUCUUCUGAGGGUCAAGGCUUUAUAUAAGUACUGUACAUGAAUGAUUGAGAUGAGUUUUGCAAAAAGUUAGCAUAUUGCGAUUUUUUAUGUUUUUCCCAGAAAAAUAUCAUGAUACAUGUAAUAUUGUAUUAUUUUUACACACGUUUUUUACAAUGAUUUUAAAUGAAUUUCCAUCAUACUUUUAUUUUGUGAAAACAUAACUUCACUUUUUACUUUUCUUAAUUACCAGUAUAAGCAUAUUUACAUGCUAGGAUGUUGUUGUUUUCUGUUUAACAACACUAUGUACAAUUCUGCUAAAUCUAAUUCAAAAGUUUAAUCAAAAAUUUAUUUAGGGAAUAUAUAAGUGUGCAUACUUAAUACUGGUAUUUUAUUUAAGUAUCCUAAUCACAGAAUAAAAAAAAAUUAUGAUACAUUUAUACAGAUUUAUGCCUAAAAAAUUGCGCACCUCAAAUGAAUAAAGUGUUUAUUUAUAGUUAAGUCCUAUGUUUUCUUUUUUUCUUCCUGGUAUAGAUUUAUAAGUAUAAUCUUAUGUAUUACGGAUCAAGGACUUGAGGAAGAAGAUUUUAAUCACUUUGCAGGUGUUAAUUUAUAUAUGUAUCCUUAUCAAAGAUAAUAUUAGAAUGUGAUUAAAUGUGUAUUGGUAGUGCUAGCACACCACAAUAUAUGUCCAAGUGACAGUUGAUAGAAAUGGUAUUUUUGUUAUGGAAAGUAUUGGGAAAAUUUGUUACAUGUACUUUCUUUUGUAUGAUGAAUCGAUUGGUAUACUGAAUUAAUAACAAAUUGAUUUUGAUGAACUUGUAUAUCUUUUUGUUGAUAUGAGAAAUUAUCAGUGUUUGUACAUGUUUAAUUGUUUAAAGUUAAAUUCCUUAGUUAGUCCUUUGGUGUGUAGUACAAAGUUUCAGUGGAAUUGUCUCUAGAUGGUUGAUGUUUUAGACUGUUGUACCAAUACCCAGUUUGAGUAGUUAUAUAAGUGUCUUUACUCAACAGGAAUCUCAUUAUGUCAUUGUCUUCUAAAUGCAUUCCAAACAAAUUUGGUGUUCAUUUAAAACUUGCCAUAUCAAAAGGAUUUCCAGACCAUUCCCUUUUUAUGGAAUGUUUUUUGUAAGACUUAAUCUGUUAUAUAUUUGUUAAUGACAGCAUUUUUGCAGAUAUUUUUUUUAUUUUAAUUGUUAAAUGCUUAAGAAUUUUCUGUGCUAGGGUCUUAUGGUGCUUUGCUUAUAAACACUUUUCCAGUGAAUAUGAUAAAUUUUGUGUUUUCCUUUUUAUUCUGUACACAUGUAAACUAUGCAUUCAAUGUGUUAAUGGAAGAAUUGGAGUUGUGUAACUAUUAAAUAAAACUGCAACCAGUA